UUGCCAACCUGACAAAGCAGGAACUUGCCAUAUUGAGCAAUGGCUGAUGGAAUAGCCAUUGUUGGCAUUGGGUGCCGGUUUCCUGGCGCCACCUGCCUGGAGGAAUUUUGGGAUAUCCUUGCAAAGGGAGAGAACCAUGUGGUUGACAUCCCCCCUGAGAGAUGGAACAUGGAUGCCUUCUAUGACUCUGAUGUCAAUGCUGUAGGGAAGAGCUAUGCUACGAAAGCAGGGCUAUUAAAGAACUUUGAUCACUUCGACAACAAACUUUUUAAAAUCAACGAAACCGAGGCUGCCCAGAUGGACCCCCAGCAGCGCCAGGUGUUGGAGUGCACGUACAUGGCUCUGGAGGACGCCGGCAUCACCAGACAACAAAUAGCAGGACAGAAAGUGGGAGUCUACAUAGGUUCCAUGACGGUGGAUUAUGGGGACUUGAUCUCUACCAAAUCACAAGACGUCACCAACCACACUGUGACAGGCCAGGCCAGGUCUAUAAUAUCCAACAGGGUGUCCUACGUGUUCAACCUAACAGGACCUUCCAUGACCAUAGACACAGCGUGUUCCUCAUCCAUCGUGGCAUUACACCAGGCAGGACUUGCACUCAGGGCAGGUGACUGUUCUAUUGCAAUUUGCGGAGGUGUGAACAUGUUAAUUCACCCAGCAUAUUUUAUCAAGUUAAGCAAAGCUCAGAUGUUGUCUCCCACUGGACAGUGCCACGCCUUCUCAGCAAAUGCAGAUGGUUACACCAGAGGAGAGGGAUGUGGGGUUAUCAUCGUCAAACUCCUAAGUCAGGCUUUGCAUGAUGGUGACAAUAUUUGGGGAACUAUUGUCACGGGGUUGAAUCAAGAUGGCCGCCAGGUUACACCCAUCACAGCACCAUCAGGGAAACAACAGCAGGAACUGCUGAAUGACAUCUACACACGGCAUGGGAUCGACCCGACUGAAGUAGACUAUAUUGAAGCUCAUGGUACUGGAACCAAAAGAGGUGAUCCAGUAGAAGCUUCAGCUCUGGGAACCUUCUUUGAGAAAUAUCCACGCCAGCGCCACAUCGGGUCAGUGAAGACCAACAUCGGCCAUCUAGAAGCAGCUGCAGGUGUUGCCGGACUCAUCAAGGUCCUGUUGAUGAUGAAACACAGCACCAUUGUGCCAUCCCUACACUUUGACAAGCCCAAUGAAGCAAUAGACUUUGACAGAUUUCAGUUUGUAGUACCAACAAAAAAUACUGACUGGAAACGUCAUAAAAAGAUUGCAUGUAUCAACUCAUUUGGCUUUGGGGGUAGCAACAGCCAUGCUGUGUUAACAUCAUUUACAAUGGAAACACCAGUUAUAAGUGACAUUGCUCUACCAGUUUGUUUUUCAGGCUCCAGUGAGAAAACGUUAAACAAGUCAAUAGCAAAAUUCACUGAAAGUGGUAACAGUUCUUCUUUCAGUGAUGUUGCUUACACUUCAUGUAUGGCAAGAGAACAUUUUCCGUUAAGAAAAGCUUUCUUUGCAAACAACCAUUCUAUUCUGAUAUCUCAAAUACAAGAAGAGUUACAAAAGAGAAACCAGCCAUCUUUUUCGGAAAAAGAAUACGUUGUUUUUGUUUUUUGUGGCAUGGGAACAGCCUGGGAAGGUAUGUGCAAUGAUCUCAUCUCCAACAAUGAUCAGUUUAAGGAAAACAUUUUUGAAAUUGACAAAUCCCUCUCCAGGUUUGUUCAAUGGUCCCUGAUGAAGCGGCUCCUUGAAUGUGAUGAUGUGAACGAUCCUCUGUUCGGUCCAAUAGCCAUUUUUGCUUGUCAGGUGUCUCUCGCUCACCUGUGGGAAACCUGGGGGGUGAAGCCCGCAGCUGUUGUAGGUCAGUCAGUUGGGGAGGUGGCUGCAGCACAUGUUGCAGGAAUCCUGUCCUUGGAUGAAGCUGUGAGGGUCAUCUACCACAGGACUCGGAUCCUUGCUGAAGCCACCGGCGGAAAGAUGAUGCUUGUCCGGAAUGUUGAGACGGAACAAGUAAAGACAGUCUGUAGGAAAAUCAGACUAAGAGAUUCUACCCCCUCUGUCACAUCCAUUCCUUCUCUUCACCCCAAAGCGAGUUAUGGUGACAUUCUGCAGUCACUCCUCUUGUUGUAUGACUAUGGAGUUAACGUCAAAUGGGACACUUUCUUUCCUGAUAAGAUGCAAAAAACAAGCUAUCCAUCUUAUGUCUUCAAUUCUAAGCCCCUGUUACUGGUGUCUGAAAGUAAACAACAGAUGCUCAAGGGUCGGAAGGAAACUGAAGGAGAUCACUUGUUUAUCAGAGGCAACACAGAGUCAGCAAGCUUAGUCAUUGACCCUCAGAGAUUCAAGAGUGUUUUUGAACACACAGUGAAAGGAACAAUCAUUCUACCAGGUGCCGUCUAUGCUGAGGCAGCACUUACUUUAGCCAGAAUGAUUGACAUGUACCACCUAUGUACAAUCAGUGUUUCUGUGGCCUUCAAAAGCCCAGUCAAUCUGAAAUCUGGAAAAGUGACAAACCUGGAUAUAAAACAAUCUCACAGUGAAGUUGACUCCAGCAUUUUGAGUACAUUUGUUUUGAAGAAUGGAAGGACAGUCCACGCAGAAGCAAUAAUAAGGCAAACACCUGCGGAUGAAUCUCCAGAGAGAGUUGACCUUGGGCCAAUCAAAGAAAGAUGUAAACACUACUUAACUGGAGAGGAAGUGUAUCAACAUUUGGCAGCCAAUGGUUUCAACUACGGUGAAAUGAUGUCCGUUAUUUCAGGUAGCCAAACAGCUGGAAAUGAAAGCCUCACUGUACUUGAAGUUGGAUCUAAGCUCCAGAGAGAAGCAGAUCACACAAUUCUUCACCCUGCAAUACUAGAUGGCAUGCUACAGACGCCUGCAACUGUCACGCAAGUGAUCAAAGAUAUGCUUCCAUACUCUGUAGAACAUUUGAUAGUCAAGAGGAAGACAGACAGAAAGAUGUUUGUGCAUUUGAAAGUGUUGCAUGAAAGUGAAUGGUAUGUGUGCUAUAGCCUGUCACUGCUGACAACCGAAGGACCCCAAACUAUCCAUGGACAGUUCACCAUAUGUCCAUUGUACAUGGCGAUAGCUAUGUUCCAGACCUUCGAGAGUCAUCUGGAAUAG